CCCAUCUCGAGCUGAAGUCAUUCGAACCAAACAAAGAUGGCGGACGAGUUAGAGUGGAUUUGAACAACAAUAUCUGGUCUGAAGCUUGCUCUCCUGGAUAAACAUGCAUCCCCUACUAGCACCACAUCUUCAUAAUAAAUGUCUGGAACUUAUUGAAAUGUUAAACAAGUGCCACGAUGAGCACAGGUUUGGAAAGUUCCUGGGAAAAUGCAAUGACAUUGAACGCAACCUACAGCGUUGUCUAAAAGCAGAGUCAAAAGAAAGACGACAAAGAAAUAUGGAAGAAUCAAAGAAAAGGAAAGAGAAGUUCAGAAAAUUUUGCUCGGAAACUUAACAUUCUUUCAAAUUUCUUAUCUUCUCCUUAAGUAUAUUAAAACAAGGUCAACUGUGUUACCAUGGAAACAAAAUAUGCAAUCUGUAAAUUUGAAAAGUGAUUACCAUAUGGACUAUAUAUCUCAACACCUUUUCUAAACUAAUAUUUGAGUGCAUGCCAUACACCAUUAUAAGCAAAACAAACAAACAAACAAA